UUUGAAAAAAUUUAAUGCGAAAGAGUUUUUCUAUAUUUUAUUACAUUAUUAUAUAUUUUUUUGUGUUAUUUUUUGAUUUUCAAUUAAUAUUGAUCUUAUUUAUGUUUUUUCACUAAAAUAGUAUAUUAAUUUAUAAAUUUUCGAUUAACUUUGUUAAAGUUUCAUUCAACAAAUACGUAUGUUUUUAGUACGUUCAUUGAUAGUUUGGUUAUGUUAUCAUUGCUUUAUUGAUAAUACGCAAAAUGACCGCGUCAGUCGAAAAACCGUCCUUUAAUUUAUUUAAUCGAUCUGUUAUACAACAGACAUUAGUUUCUUUAGUAUUUUUUACAGUUACUUCGUCAUUAUUUUUUUUUCUUAACAAAGUACAACCAAAUUAUUAUAUUGAUGAAAUUUUUCAUAUUCCACAAACUCAAAGAUAUUGUAAUGGAUCAUUUUAUGAGUGGGAUAAAAAAAUAACAACACUCCCAGGCUUGUAUUUAAUAUCAGCAGCAUUAUUAGCACCAUUUAAACUUUGCACAACUUUAUUUCUGCGUGGAAUAAACUUAAUUGGUACUUUCUUUAAUUUGUUUUUAAUUUAUCAAAUAUUAAGAACAACAAAAUGGAUGAAAAAAAUCGAAGAUGAUUCACAAACAGAUAAACAUGGACUCGCAUUAACAAUAGCUUUGACUAUCACUCUAUUACCUCCAUUAUACUUUUGGCAUUUUCUUUAUUAUACUGACGUUAUAUCAGUUAAUUUAGUAUUGUUAAUGUACUUACUCCAUCAAAAGCAAUACUAUAAAAGUUCAGUCUUCGCAGGUGCCUUAACUGUAUUAAUUCGACAAACGAAUAUUAUUUGGGUGACAUUAUUAGCUGGAGAAAUAGUAUUAAAUUUAAUUGAACAACAGACUCCUCAGAGUAUAUCUACACUUAAUGAUAGAGGUAUCCAUGGAAGUCCAAUUCAUGCUCGAUUGGUAUGGAAUAACGUCCGAUAUUACACCCGCCGAGGGAUUGGGCCAUUUUUCCAAUUUGUUAUUGAUACAUGUUCUCAUUUGAAAUAUCAUAUAUCAGUUGUCGUAUCAUUUUUAGCAUUCAUUAUUUGGAAUAAGGGAAUAGUUUUAGGAGAUAAAACUGCUCACGUAGCUACGAUCCAUUUGCCUCAGAUAUUCUACUUUUCAAUAUUCUCAUUAGCAUUCGCUUGGCCUUAUAUGUUGCCAAAUUUGAAAUCGUUUCUUAAGGCAAAUCGCGAACAUUGGAUUAUAUCUAACGUCUUAUUAAUUAUUAUGACUGUUAUUGUCCAUAAUAAUACGUUAGUUCAUCCUUACUUAUUAGCUGAUAAUCGACAUUAUGUUUUUUAUGUAUGGAAUAAGUUUCUAGGACGAUAUUAUAUCGCAAAGUAUCUUUUGAUUCCUAUUUAUGGUUUUGCUAUUUAUAGUAUUUUCAUGUGUUUACGAGAUGUGAGAUAUUUAUCGAAAAUUAUGUAUUCUGUGUGUCUUUGUGUUGUUUUGAUACCUCAAUUAUUACUAGAGCCUCGUUAUUUUAUAAUCCCUUAUAUUUUAUUACGCUUAAACAUGCCAGAACCAAAAUCCUGGCAAAUAACAGGCGAAUUACUGACUACUAUAAUUAUUAAUAUUAUUCAAUUCUACAUAUUUGCUACGAAGACAUUCUAUUGGACUGAUCAGGAAGGUCCUCAAAGAAUCUCGUGGUAAUAAUUUCGUAUAUUUUAUUGCCUUUAUUUUUAAAACCGUACAAUAAAACCGAUUCAAUCGGUGUCAAUGUAAUUGCCAAAAUUUUUACAUGACUGAGAAUUAAUUUAAUAAUAAGAGAAAUGAAAUAAAUAUAAACUUAAAGUUUAUGAUAAUUUUAUUACAAUUUAAGCGAGAUCUUAAAGUUCAAUAAUUUA